GGGAACGAUGCACUUUUGGACAUUGAAGUUAUAGACAAGCAUAUGUUUCGUUAGUUCGAAUUUGACCGACUAUCAUCGUCUUAAAAUUCCAUUAAUGAAUACGGUCUAUAGCUAUAUUGCUAUUUGCUUGCUUUUCGUCAUUCUAUCCGUUCGGUAUUAGCCAAGUUUACUCUAUAUCCUGAGCUCUAGACCUAGCAUUAAAACACUCGGUUUAAAACGAUAUCACAGUUACGAUGAAACUAUCUCGUUUCCUGAGAAGCUAUGUGGCUUCAGUUUUGUUAGCCUUCCAACCUACAGCUGGACUCUACGUAGAUAAAUGCGAGGGGAUCAUGGUCUCAGAUGCGCUUCCUGUCCUGAUAAAUUCGACUGCCCUCUACGGACACCUGGAGAAAUUGCAACAUAUCGCGGACGCAAACGGUGGAAACAGGAUAACCGGCUCCGCCGGCCAUAACCAGACUAUCCAGUAUAUUCAAGAUUACCUAACAGCCCUUGACUAUUACGUCGAGGUCCAACCCUUUCACGAUAUCAUGCAGGCGGAUGGCAAAGCUACCUUGUGGGCGAACGGCGAAGCUUUCGACGCCGAGCCGAUCGGAUGGUCCCCUGAAUGCACUUUUACCAAUCGUCCUCUCGUAAUUGUUGAUAGUAUCGGUUGCGAGGCUGCUGACUAUCCCCAAGAGACGAUAGGCGCUGUUGUAUUAGUUGGUUCAGGUGGUUGUUCGCUCUCUGACAAGUCAAUAGCCGCGGGUAAAGCUGGAGCUAUAGGCCUCUUAAUGUACGAGUUCACGCAGCUCACUCCAAGUUUAGGCGGCCCGAAUGAUUAUCACAUCCCGUCAGCAAGAAUAGCUUAUAGGGAUGCCCAGCGCAUAAUGGACCAUCCACGCCCCGUGUCGGCAGAUAUUUUUGAUAUUUCUAUGCAGUAUAAAGCGGUCUACAGCUACAACCUGUUUGCAACCUGGGAAUGUGGAGAUGAGAACAAGGUGUUGAUGGUUGGCACACAUACUGAUUCGGUCAGCGCAAGCGCAGGCAUGAAUGACAAUGCCAGCGGUAUAGCCAGUCUCCUGGAGAUAGCCACGGAACUUUCGAGGUUCACAACGAAAUCAACAGUCAAGUUUGCCUUUUGGACGGCUUCAGAGCCAUCUUUGCUAGGCUCGAAAUACUGGAUGUCAACUGCCUACACUGAGGAGCGUCAGAAAAUACGCCUUUACCUCGACGCCACCAUGCUUGGCUCACCUAACGGUGCUUUAAAGGUUUAUGACGCAUAUGCCUCAACGCCUGGACCACAUGGCUCCAAAGAAGCCGAGAAGACUCUUACGGAAGGGUUUAAAGCUCAAGGCGUCAACUUCACAAUAACCGAGAUCAGCAACCGGAGUGACUACGCAACGUUUUUCGAUGCUAAAAUCCCUUUUGCUGGUCUUUUCAGUGGCGCGAACGGACUCAAGACUUGGAAAGAAGCGGCUAUGUUCGGAGGCAAUGCCAGUGUUCCAUAUGACACCAACUACCACGAAUCGGGUGAUAACAUACAGAACAUCAACAUGACAAUCCUGUCCCAAAACACAAAGGCAUUAGCUCACGCGGUUGGAGUUUACGGAAGGAGCCUUAACAAUUUCCCGGCGUCAGCGAUCCGAUGCUACGGUGCACCAAUGAAGCACCUAUACUUAACAGCAGCCUUGGUAUGGGUUACGCAAUACAUGCUGUCGUAAUCAGUGUAAGAGCUUGUUACACAUUCUUCACCGCUUUUAAAUACGUAAUUCACGAAAUUAAUAGAGGAUUGUAAUGCUGGGAACAAGUACAUAUUAUUAAUUAGGCCAACUAUACUCGUCGCGUAGUCGCGAAAUCAACCUCAACUUUGACU